AUGUCACCACUUCCAGACAUUGAAAUCAAAUACACAGAAAUUUUUAUUAACAACGAAUGGCACAAGGCAGAUAAAGGAAAAACAUUUCCAGUUAUCAAUCCAAGUACGGGUGAAGUGAUUGCUAACGUCGAAGAAGCCACUCGAACGGAUGUUGACAAAGCUGUUGAAGCCGCUCGAAAAGCAUUUCAUGUCGAUUCACCAUGGCGUACAAUGCAACCGGCUGAUCGUGGUGCUUUAAUGCGCAAAUUUGCUGAGUUACUCCGACGAGAUAUCAAAUAUUUAGCGCAAUUGGAAACUCUCAACAACGGAAAACCAGUCCAUGAUAGUAUGGGUGAUAUUGGUCUUUCAGCUAAUUGUAUCGACUACUAUGCAGGAUGGGUAGACAAAAUCACCGGGGAAACAAUCCCAGCAGGAAACGGUCACUUUCUGUAUACUGAACACGAACCAGUUGGUAUCUGUGGACAGAUUAUUCCAUGGAAUUUUCCGAUUCUUAUGCUUGCGUGGAAACUUGGUCCGGCUCUUGCUUGUGGUAAUACCGUUAUAUUGAAACCAGCUGAACAGACACCACUUAGUGCUCUCUAUUGUGCUGCUCUGAUCAAAGAGGCUGGAUUUCCACCAGGUGUUGUCAAUAUUGUACCAGGCGAUGGACCUGAAUGUGGUAAUGCAAUUGUCGUCCACCCACACGUCGAUAAACUAGCUUUUACUGGUUCAUCAGAAAUUGGUAGACUCAUUCAAGAAACUGCAGCAAAACACCAUCACUAUCGAGUCUCACUCGAACUUGGUGGCAAGUCUGCGUUGAUUAUUUGUGAAGAUGCCGAUCUUGACUAUGCUGCCAAGGUUGCUCAUCAAGCACUCUACUUCAACGCAGCACAGUGUUGUUGCGCUGGUUCACGCACAUACGUUCAUGCUAAAAUUUACGACGAAUUUGUAGCUAAAUGUGUUGAACUUGCUAACAAACGUGUAGUCGGCGAUCCAUACGAUCGAAAUACAGAACAAGGCCCCCAAGUUAGCGAAGAACAAUUUAACAAGAUUCUCGGUUAUAUUGAAGCUGGCAAUAAAGAAGGUGCCAAACUUGAAUGUGGUGGAAAGAGAGCUUGUGACAAGGGCUAUUUUAUUCAACCGACAGUAUUUAGUGGUGUGAAAGACGAUAUGAAGAUUGCUCGUGAAGAGAUCUUUGGACCAGUGAUGUCAUUAUUAAAAUAUGAUUGUUAUGAAGAUGUAAUCAAACGAGCUAAUUCAUCAUCAUUUGGUUUAGCGGCUGGUAUCGUCACCAAAGAUUUAACUCGAGCUUUAACAAUUACCAAACGAUUACAUGCAGGUACCAUUUGGAUCAAUGAUUACAAUACAUUCUGGAAUCAAGCACCAUUUGGUGGCUUCAAACAAUCAGGUCAUGGACGAGAAUUAGGAAGUUAUGGUCUCGAAGGUUACUACGAAGUGAAAACAGUUAGCAUCAAACUCGCCUAA